AUUUUGAAAUAUAUUCGGUUUAUAGACGAUUACUGGUAGGCCGCAACGAGAGAUACCUUACAUUUGGUAGCGGUGCUAUAUUGAUCCUCGAUCCGAAAAAUAGCAAUACCUCGAACCCUGUGACUUUGUUUGACCACGAUGUCGAAAUCAUUCACGUCCAACAAUCUUGACUUUCCGGCCUCUUGGUUUCAACCACCCCCGAAAUUCAAAUGGGGAACCGAGAACGUAUAUGACGAAUAUCCCAAUUGGAAAAUUUAACUGCUGAAUUGCCUCGAGUACGUUCCAAAGGAACUUACUCGAGGGUGAUGCGUUGACCGCGGUCCGGCCCUACCUUGAUUCGAUCAAAUCGGUGGACGAACUUUUUGAGCGCAUGGACCGGCUGUUUCUUCCGAUGGACUACGAGAUAAGAAUCUAUCGCGAAUGGAGACAGUUGCGCCAGACCAAGGAUCUGGACACCUACAUCCAGGAGUACACACGUCUCGCGGGACGUUUUCGGGAGAUGUCAAAGGAGUUUCCGUAUGGGAUGCCGGAAUUCCUCCUGGUAGAUCAAUCUAUCCAAGGCUUGAGCCCGGAGAUCUACACUCAUGUUAACAUGUCGAAUUCCCGCACUCUCAACGAGGCGACACGAAAGGCUAGAGAUGUGGAUUAUGCGUUGUUCACCAUGCCAUCCUACUACCGGGAGACGAUGACUUUCGAUAAGCCGCCUACCCGCGGUCACAGCGGAAAUAAUCCGAGUCCGCGCACCCAGACUACUGAAGCAGGAAGGAGGGAGCGCGUGGGCUCGAACGCGGAAGGAACACACGGCUCAUCCGAGAGAGAGGAAUGUCUUGCGUUGGACCGUUGUUUCAAUUGUGGUGACCACGGACACAUACAAAGGGAGUGCACGUCUCCACCCAGCCGGGGAAACAACACAAGUCAGCGGGUGCGGGGCGCCAACUGAUGAUGUCGAAGUGAGAUGGGCAGACUGAACGCAUGAAUAACACGCUCGAACGACUCCUACGCCAUUUCCUCAACACGACUGGGAUAAUCUACUCCCGUCGAGUUUGCAUACAACAACGCGAUACAUGUCAGCAUUGACACCACCACGUUCCCGAUUGAUCAAGGUUAUCAUCCCCUACUACUGGGACAACUGAGAGGAAACUUAUUCAGCUAUGUCUACGCUAUCGGAAGAUGAAUCAUGGGAC